UUAGAAUUUAAAAAGAAGAAGAAGUUUAACCUUCAUAGAUUUAUUCCUUUUCAUUAUUUUAAUAUUUGCAAAUAGUAAAAAUGAGCAGAAAAGAAGCAUUAUCUUCGUUUAUUCAACAAAUUCACGGUAGACCAGUUGUAGUAAAACUGAAUAGUGGAGUUGAUUACAGAGGAGUUCUUGCUUGUCUAGAUGGAUAUAUGAACAUAGCUUUGGAACAAACCGAAGAAUAUGUUAAUGGACAAUUAAAAAAUAAAUUUGGAGAUGCUUUUAUUAGAGGAAACAAUGUUUUAUAUAUAAGUACCCAGAAGAGGCGUUACUAAUAUUAAUGUAUUUAUUGUAAGGUAUAUAUAAGAAUAAAACAUUUUUUUCUAAA